AACAGAAUACUUUAGGAUGACAAAACUCACAUUAUACGCAAAAUGAAUGACAUAUCCACUGCACAGAUAGUAAGCAUGGCACAGGAAGACUGUAAAUAGAGGUGUGAAAGCAGUAAAAUGGAUAUGCACACAUGCAUGCCUGCGAACACAAACUGUGCGCCUAUAAGUAAAACAAUGUGUGUUUGAACAGUUACACCUUACUGAGCUAGCAGUUUGUAUUUGUUUAUAGUCAUUUCUAUAGAUAAAAAAAAACACUUGUCACCAAGUGUUUUUGUUUUAAUCUAUUAAUGUCUACAUACAUACAUAACAGGUCUCAUAUAGUUAAAAAAGAAGUUGACCAGCUGCAGGCUCAGCAGCACUUUCAGAUAAGAAGAAUAUGAAAAAUUGUUUGGUUCAUAAGGUUGACUGAUCUUAAUACCUUUAACCAGCUGGUUUGCCAACAUCCAACUUUAUUUUUCAUUAUUUUUUUAUCCUUCUGUAAAUAUUGAAGAGUUAUCAUGUCACUGCAUUAUGAUUAGAUUUGAAUAUAUAUAUUUUUUAAAUUCAGAUGAAUCACAAAAACAGCUGUUUUUUUUUACAGAUGUGUGCUCCUCACAGCGCAGCCACUACAAACGGGAUUUAUAGAAUAUGAUUCUGGACAUAAAACAGAACAUAAAGCAUUUAAAAUGAGCUCAAUCUUUAACAUUUGCAGCAGUAAAAUUAAUCGAGAAAGCAUUUUUCUGCAGAAUAAUAAUUUUUACUUUGGUUAUUUUAUGAACACAAUUUUUCAGAAAUCCAGUUUUAUGUGUACUGAGGUGGGUUUAUUGUUUAGUUUCAUAAAGGAACAGUUUGAAAAAUCCACCACUAAUAAUAAUAACUAGUUUUUGUUAAUAUAGUUUUUAAUUGACUAAAGAAGUAAUACCAUCUUAUUAUUCUUCAGCAGGAAGGAGUGCAGACAUGCAGCACAAAUAGUGUGUUUUAUUGUGAUUUUGUUUGGUGUAUGUGUGUUUUGGGGGCAGUCAUGCACUUCGAUUAGGAGCAUGGUAUCAGCUACCUGAACCAUUCAUGUUAUCGAGCUUGCAAAUACAGCUUAACUUAUUUGAAAGCAAACAUUAAAAAAAUAAAUGUAUAGUACAGCCUGAGGGUUUACAGGCUGUCAGUCUGGGGCCACCCCUACACCUGUGCUAUAGGUUCUCACAAACACUUCAAGUUAGUUUCAGUCUGCCUGACAAGUUGCUUCGUUUAUGCCCUGAGGCUCACGAGACUGCUUUUGUCAUGUGAAUGGAUCUCGUGUGACACAAUCUUUAUAAUAAGGUAUAGAAAAACGAAAACCUUCCUUUAAGCAGCUGCACACAUGUUUUACCACCUUGCCCCACUGAAAAUAUCAGCACCACAUUACUGUGACACUUCGUGUUCGCCUUCUCUGACUUCUGAAACUCAAACUCCAGUCAAAAGUCAGACUUUUGUCCUCAGCUUCUGAAAAUAUCCUCUGCAAGAGCACAGACACACAAAUACAGGAAGACUGUAAAUACAGGUGUGUAAGCAAAAUGGAUAUGCACACAUGCACAAACUGUGCACAGCUAAUAACCUCAAAAACGAAUGCAAACACACUUUGUCAGCAGCUUUCAGUGGAACGUUUUCUGUCCCUGGUCUGUACAAAAAUAUUAAAGUAAAAAACCCCAAUAUGUCAUUCUAACAAUAACGCCUGUGUUACAGUAAAACAGUAUCUUAUCUGAGCAGUGAGCCCUUUUGCUUCAUUUCUGUUCAAGUUUCAUGUCUUUUUUGUGUAUUUCCUGGUUUAUGUGCUUGAUCAGAUCAUUACUUCAGUUUUAAGGUUGAAACCUUUUGGAAGUAAACCUAUGGUGGUUAGAGCUGCAGUGUAUUUUUAGUUUCCUGUGUUUCAGUUUCGACUACUUCCCUCGCGUUCCCUUGUAUCUUGUCAGCGUUUGUCUCGUUAGGCGUGUUAGGCUCGAUGUCAUGCUAUUUUGGCCACUUCCCUUGGACAAAGACACUUGGAAAAAGUCUCUGUUUGGGAUCCCUGUGCUUCUGUUUAAGAGUUUGGAUUUUGCCCCCUGUGUUUAUGGACUUAUUCACUCAACCUAAUUCAUUUUCCAGUUACUGGUUUGUCUGUGAGUCCUGGGUCCAUUUUUUUUCAUGACACUUGCUUCAUGACAGUUAUUGCUGUUAGCUUCCUUAUGGCUAAGACCAGAGUCAUUACUCAGUUGCUGCUGAUAACACUAGUUACGUUCAUUUACAGUUCUUUUACAUAAAAACUGAAUAUUUUAUGCAAAUCCUCACGUCCAUAAUUAUAUAUGGCAGGUACAUUUACAUUGAGUGCCAUAUAUGUCCCCUGAUGGUUCAUUGAGUCGCUGGUGUUACCAUGUGUUUGUUUUUUUGUUACAUCAAAUAAAGUGUGUCAUUCGAUAGUUAUUUUACAUACAUUCAAUUUUGUUACACCUAAAGGUGAAGGAUUACAUCGCUAAACUUCUUUCAAUUUUCUUCGAAUAUUUUCAUUUUUAGAGCAAAUAAAUGGUUGUGGAAAUUCAAUAAAAUAUAAUAUCAGUAUUUCUGUAGAAUGACUCAACACCCUGCUUUUCUUUUACUUGUCCUGUAACACACAUCAGUUCAGCCACCUGACUGCCGCAGAGUCGGGGUGUUUGGUUGAGAUGCUCGAGCGAUGUGUGAAAUCUGAUUACGGUCUUACACAGCUUCUCUCAGCGGCGGGAGGGCGAUCUCUGUUACUGCCGCCUCGCCUGUCCCGUCUGGCCUCCCUCCUCCUGAUAUUCCUCUUCCUCUCUGUGGGACUCUGUCUGCAUCACUACUCUGUAUAAUGGCAGUGUCUGGCCCAGCGGUUAGAGCCUCACAUGUUUUUUUUUUUUCUUGCAAGAGCUGAUGCAAUCUGUUCAGGUGCUGUAGAAAUAAAACUUCAAAGAAAAAGGUGAAAGUUUUUUUUAUGUUCGUGUGGAUAUUGUUUUUUCACUGGAGCAACAAUUUGAAGGAAAAGAAUCUAAUUCAGGUGUCAGUACCUCAAAUAUUACAGGGGUCUUUUGAGGCUAAUACUUAUGCACUGAUGCUACGCAGUGGCACAGGGAGGACAGAAAGUACACAACAACGAGGACAUACAUUUUGGUUUUAAAUAUGAAAGAAGCAUAUUUUAAGAAUUGUCACUUGUGUUUGAUGCGCUUUGAUCUUAUUUGGCAGUUGUAGCAAAUUGUGGAAAAAAGCUAUGCUAGCUAAUUAUGGCUUCGAUCAUAGCAACCAUUUGUCAACCACCGGUUGCUAGGGAAAAAUUGUGUAUUCCCCGACUGAUUGUAAGUGCUUGCUGGAGGUUUCUUGGAAAAACUGGUCACAAAGAGGGUGCUACACCACACAUCUCCUUGCUGUGGCUUUGGUCCAAACAGAUGCAAAGCCUUGGUCACCUGAAGCUUAUGUGAAAGACGCCGACUUGUCUGCAGAGAAGAGAUAAUGCAAGUUAGACCCCUUGAAUUAAAGCUGAAAGUCCGCUCUUUAAUCACAUAUUGAUUGCUUGAUUUAAAACCCACUGUGGUGGUGUACAGACAAAAUUACAGAAUACAUUAUUGCCCAAAUACCAAUAACACCAAGUCCAAAUCCUAUGACACGGCUCGCCUUAUCAAGGUGGAAUCACACAGAGCUUGUCCUCAAUUUUUAAAGUUGCAAUCCUACCAAUUCUUGUAAACGCUGUCUCCCAGUGCAAAUUUGUGACAAUUCACAUUUGCGUUUGAAUUUUGGCCGUAACCGUGCUCCCCUGAAACUUAAAUUUGCAUUUGGUGUGAACAGACCAUUGCAGCUACUGUACAUGUGAGCUACUUCAACAGGAAAGGAAAACCCAAAGCACAACCCUGAGAAUAAUGGAACAGGAAAGUACUGACAUUUUUAAUGUAAUCAUUCAUGACCUGAACAGCACGAGUUUAUUAGGCCCUGACUGUACUGCUAUUGUUUCCCUCUUCCUUCGUUUCGCUGAAAGUGGGCAGACAGACCAAGCGUUCAUCUCACGAGAAAGCUCCUCUGCUUUCCCGUGAAACUGGGAGGACAAAGUCAAACCACAAAGACUUUGUUCGACUUGUACUUUUAUCCUCCUCCAUCAGCUCUGCAACUUGCCUUUGUCUUUUCAAUGACUUUGUGUUUGCAUAUUUUCUCUCCGCUCAACACUUUUUCUCCAUUUGGAUCUCAUCUGUGUGAUCAUCUGCGUGCUGAAUAUCUCGGCUUUUUCUCCUGUUUUGUUUCUGCCAUCAUUGCCUUUAUGUUCGCCUGUGGCGAUGCACUAAUAAAAAGACUCACCUCCGGCACAGUAUGACAAAGGACACUUGCAUUUCUAUAUCAGUAUUAGCUUAGAAGCCUGGGUCAGUUGUUCUUCCCCCUCUGUUCAAAAAAAAUAAGAAGGGUUUUUUUUUUUAUUGUGUUGCCUCGCUUGUUUCCCCCCCUCUACGGUACAUUCUUGCUUCUCUCCACACCAAAGUUUUGCCGCAGGCGGCGUGCCAUCUGCUUUUGACAUUUUCAGAAUAAGGAAAGCUUGUGGGAACAGCCUGUUUAUUGUUCCAUUGUGGUUAAUUAUUCAAACAGCAGCUCUCGGUUCAGAGCGGCCGGUUAUCUGCAGGCACUGCCCCGUGCGAAGCUGGACUGACACUCUGUGCAGAAUUCAAAAUUUGGAAUUCAUCAUUCCGAUGCUGCUUUACUCCAGUCUGGAGGUGACAGUUGGAGCUGAGAGUAGAAUAAGACUCCCUAUUGUUGGUCCGGCAAUUAGUCAGAAGUGCAGAAAUAAGAGUGUAAAUGACAACAAUAGGUCAUCAGUCAAAAUCACAGCAGAGCACCUCCGUGGCACGCUGCCCAUUAUGGGCACAUGUUAUGAUCCAGCAGCAAGUGAUCAGAAAUGAGUUAUUGCACUUUUUGCAAUUUUUCACGUCAAAGUUUGUUUGUUUAUCAUUGUCGGGCAGGGUUUGCUUCAUAUGCAAAAACUGUGAUGUGAAAGUGUUACGAGGCUCCAGAAGGAACUAUUAAAUUGGGUGGGUUAAUUUGCAUAACCAAAUGCAGGACGCAGGGCACAGGAAUGAAACAUUAAUGACUUUUUUAAUGGUGAUAACUUAUAAACUACAAAGUCGAGCGAUAAACAGAGGGAAAAAUCAACAAAUACAAAAACUUCAGCACAAGGAAUCCAGAGUAAGAAAAAACAAAGAGUACUAAUAUAGGGUAUACUCCUCUAUGAGGACACAUGCAGAUUACAACAUAAAGGAAGACGGAGACAAUAUAUAUGUGACCUAUAAGGGUGAGAGUUAACAGGUGGGGAGUUAACACAGCUAAAGACAAUAAAAAGAAGGAGUCUGCAAAAGUUAAAAUUAGAUUUAAGAAGAUAAAGGAGCUUAUACAAAGCAUCAGAAGAAUAUUAAAGAAUUUUAAAAAACAAUGCUUAACAAAAACAAAUGCUACAUUUCAAAGGAUAUAAUAGUAAAUCAUAUUUUAAUGUAAAUCUAUCCAUCGAUCCAUUUUCUUCUGUUUCUGGUUGAGGGGUUGGGUUGGUGCAGCCUAUCCCAGCUGUCAUAGGGCAAGAGGCAAUGCACAGGAUGUCUCAGGGCUAACCACAGAGCUCCUUUGACACAGAGUGACACACAACCAUUCGCACUCACAUUCACACCCAUGAGCAUUUUAGAUUCCCCUGUUAGUCGAACCAUACUAGGCGCAUGUACUUGGACUGCUGGAGUAAGCUGGAGUUUCUGUAGAGGACCCACGCAGAUCAAAUAUGUGGAAGAAGAAGAUAUUCCUGGUCAUCAUUGCCAUCAGUACCAUCAGUCUUCUGCUGCACCAUGGGGGUCACUUGACCUGGACCAUGGAUGCCUUCCACCUCGGUUGUCCAGCCCUGCACUCUCACCCUUACUCCGGCCUGAAGCCUAAGCACAGUAACGUGGUUUUCCUGAAAACCCACAAAACAGCCAGCAGCACCAUGCAGAAUCUGCUCUUCCGCUUUGCAGAGCGCAACAACCUGACGGUGGCGUUACCCAUACAAGCCUGCGGUCACCAGUUCUGCUACCCGCGAUCCUUCACAACUCACUCUGUGCAUCAGCACACGCUACCGCCAAACAUCGUCACCAACCACAUGCGCUUCAAUAAGGCUGAGCUGAAACGACUGAUGCCAAAUGAUACGAUAUACGUCACGAUCCUGAGAGAGCCUGGCUCCAUGUUUGAGUCCUUGUUCAGUUACUAUAACCAGUACUGUCAGAGUUUCAAGAGGGUCCCUAAUGGUUCACUGGAAGCUUUCUUAGAUGAACCCUGGCGCUACUACAAACCAGAGGAGAACUACUCCAUGUAUGCACGUAACACCUUGACCUACGACUUGGGCGGAGACAAAGAUCGCCCAGCGAAAGAUGUCUCUUAUGCAAAAGCUUUUGUAGCACAGGUAGAGCGAGUGUUCUCCCUGGUGAUGAUCUCUGAGUACUUUGAUGAAUCUCUGGUUCUACUUCGACACCUCCUUUCCUGGGAUCUGGAUGACAUUUUGUAUGUUAAGCUCAACAUGCGGACGCCAAGUUCCAAGCAGGGCCUGACUGAUGAUCUUCGCAAAAAGAUCCGUGCCUGGAAUUCCUUAGAUGCCCAGCUCUAUGAUCACUUUAACGCCUCACUGUGGCGUCAAAUCUCUGCUGUGGGUCCAGCCUGUGUGGCGAGGGAGGUGCGCCUCCUUCGUGAGGCCCAGGAGAAGCUGAUGAAAAGGUGUUUCGGUGAAGGCAUGCCGCUUGUUCGUUCAGCUGCUGAAAUCAAAAACAAGGAGCUCCGCCCCUGGCAGCCUAGCGGCAAAGUCGACAUAGUCGGUUAUGACCUCCCUGUAAAUAUUACCCAAAGCUUCUCGAGCCAGGACCAGGAGCUCUGCCUGAGGCUCAUCAUGCCGGAAGUCCAGUACACAAAGAUGCUCCUACGUUCCCAGUUACUGCGGUACCGUCUGACCUCUCAGGCUCGGCCUCAGCAGCAGUCACACUCCUUCCAGCAGCCUGUACGCACAACCCUGCUUAGACAUCCAGCCCACCGCAGCCAGCCACCAGUGCCUGCUGCUGCAACCCCUGCCUCAGGAACUGGAAUCAACUCAAAGACUGCUGCAGGAACUCGAGGUCGGACAAAUAAGCAAGGGGCAAAACCCUCACAAACUCAGUCCUCAUAGGCUGGAAAACUCCUCAUAGACUUGAAAAUUAUCCGAGUGCCCAACAAACUGCAUUGUUUAACUCAUCGUGACCCAUGAGACUACGAUUGUUGGCUGGUCUGGGGUUUUUGGGGGAAUAAGGCUAUCCUUGAGAAAUGCCUGGGUUUAUCUUGAAUUAGAGUAUCCCCUCUUCCUUCUAUGUGUGUUUGGUUUGACAUGAAAAUAAAUUAGGAAAAAGGGGAUUGGACAUACUUGGACUUGAAUUUUAAUCUUUCUCCUUUCCGAUCCAUCAGACCUUAUCAGGGUGGGAAGGCACAAAAGCUGGAGGAACACUGGGAGGGAAGUUUAACCCAGCUGUACACCUCUGCAGCCCUGACUGCAGUGGAUAUGAGAGGGUUUCGGAUGAAAGUGGUUCUUUGAAGGAAAUCUGUUUCAUGCGACUGGGAGUCAAUAGAGAAGUGGCGAUAUCGGGUCUAUUGUGCAGCACAGAGUGUGCUUUGUGUGUAUCACACUGGGAUAGUAUCAUGUUACUUGUGUUUGUUCUCCGUUUCUCAAGCUCUCAUUCGCUCUCUCUCUUUCCUAACAUAUGCCACUUAAAGUCCUUGAGGAGACAUAAUGACAUAAAGGGAUCGGCUGUCAGGCCUCCGAAGAGCCUCCUAAGAGGCCAGACAGACACUGAGAUCAACUCACAACCAUUAACGUGACAGCACAAAACAACUCUUCCUUCUUUGGCCUUUUUUUUUCUUACUGACUCUAGAGUUGAAAUCAGUGAAGGGACGGGGGGAUAAAAAGGCCAGAGAGAUGGAGACCUUAUCCUGAGGGUAAGCCUAAAAACUGCUGGAUACUCAAUUUGGCCAUACAAGUCCCACAGAGACUGAGCACAUGUAUGAAGCCUGUGUCUCGUCAGCUUUUUGACCUCCCUUUCUUCCUUCUAAGGUCCUUCUCUGCCUUCACCACCCUGUCAAUACUGCUGUUGCCCUCUGGGCAGGCUCUCCAUCCACCAAGAAGCACUAACAUCUUUUUUUCUCCAACCCCUGGUACUUCAUCGAACAGCCAGACAAGAUCACACCUCACCUUGUGGAGACUCAGUUAAGGUGAUGCUUCUGGAUGUGGGGAUUUACUGUAAAGCUUGGGCGUUAUUGCAAUAAGAUCUCCAGGCCCUUCGCCCUGAAUAUGAAAGGCAUGGAUUUAAUAACCUACCAGCAACCCUGUGCCGCAUAUACAAUAAUUAAACACACUGGCACAAAUAAAAACAUCAAACUCCUUGAUGGGACAAAGACUUGAAGCCUGUGGAUCGUGGCGCUUGAAUAUUUAAUCAUCUCCUCUCACAGGCCGCCUAUGGCCCGGGUUCUAGGGUUACACGGCUGUACGUUGUCAUUAAGGACAUGUUCAACCAGGUGAAAGCUGCUCAAUCCGAACCCUGAAGCACAGAAAGACAAAGGGAGAGCGUUAAUGCACGAUCCUUAAAGCCUCUUAAAGCAGCUGGGCCGACUGGGGUCUUAAAGAGUCUUCAUUUAUCUCGGCUGUGAUCCAUUUUUAAUGCUUUCUGCUCAUAUUUAAUGUGUCAUUUAUGUUCUUUUAUUACUCUGGUGAUCGGUAGGGUGCUGCUGAGGAAGCGAAGGAACAAUAUAGUUGUGUGAGAGUAUGUGUUUGAGCCAAGAAAUGUCUCCCGGCUCAUGUCGGGGGUUUUUUUUGGUUUUUUUUUUUUUUGGCCUGCAAGAUUUAUUAAACUAUGUAUUAUUUAUGAUCGGGACUUAAAGAGCCCCAUUACUGUAUUUUAACUGGUAUUUUUCAUGAAUCACUGGAUGAAAACUGCUUUUCCAUCGAUUUGGUGGUUCGUGGUGUGCACGGCUUACCACUUCAGGCAGCAGAGAUGGAACAAGGCAUGUGGAAACGGUUUAAAAUAUUAAUUCUGUACAUGUUAUACAUAAUGCAAAACUACAACAAACUGCACAUCGAACCUACUUUAGUGGCUUCAGAAUUAAUCUCCCAUUCAGCAGAGCUAAGUACUUAACCACACUACGUGUUUGUGGUUUGAGUGUGUCAAACCACAGGUAACAAUAAUAAUAAAAUAGACACACACAGCUGCUGCUCAGAAAUAAAAAGCAAUGAAGCCAUCAGGCCACAGACGCGAGGAGAGGAUGCACGGUUCUAUGAAGUAGCUGUGAGAAUCUGAAUGUGUGCAAUGCAUGAUAGUUUUUAUUUAUUAGACAUGUGAAAUGUCUUCAGAUAUGUGUAAAAACCUUUUCAGGUUACAUGCACUGUAAAACAUGGGCAAACAUGAAGAAGGCUGUGGUUUUGUAUUUUCUUGCUCCCAUGAAAAGACCAAAACCAGCAAUAUGUAAAUUGGUCUGCCAACUUCCUGCUGUGAAAGCACACCACAACUCCCUAAAGAAGGCUCAGUACUGAGCAAAAGUCUAGAGUCACCCUGUAUUUCUUUAUAUGUUGUUAGAAAAAUGGGAAAUAGGUACGACGAUUUAUUGAAACAUAUGUAUACAAACAUGGUAAUGCAGCGCGUACAAUUGUAAUGAGCUUGAAAGUCGGCGUUGGUAGGACCACCUUUAUUCUUCAGCACAGUCUGAACUCUCUUAGGCAGCUUUCUUGUUAUUGCUUUAAGUAGUCUUCAGGAAUAGUUUUCCAGGCUUCUUGAAGGACAUUCAAAACAUUCGCUGCUGUAAUGCAGCUCCCAACCAUGAAAGAGCCUUCACCGUGUUUUACAGACACCAGAACUGCUGCCACUGAUUUUCAGUCUUGUGUAGUUUGGCACACCUCAACCAUCUUUCCACUGAGACCAUUUCUGAUGAAGCUUCAGUGAACAUCAGAUGCAUGAGCUGAAGGUCCAGAUCCAUCUCUCAGGUCCUGUGUCAGGUCUUUGCUGGAUUCUUUCCUGUUUCUUAAGGACAUGAUCUUCAGAUACUGUUAAUCUGUUGUAGAUAGCUGUUUUUGGCCUGACACCCCUUUGGUUCUCAAUUUGUUCAGACACAAUCCAUUAAAACUGACCAGCUACAAGCACAGGACUGAAAAGCAGCAAUUGUCCAAAGAAAAGCUUUGAAAGAAGCUCAGAAAGCCUGGAGAACUAUUGCUCUUGCAUCAUUUUAAAGCCAUAGGAAGGAAAAGAGAUGAAGAUUGGCUCCAAACAUUUGCACAGUACUGUACAGUAGUACAGUUUGACUCAGUGAGUGUGUUUCAGAUAUUUUUGGACAACAAAGGCACUGGAGACAUCAAACUUGAUUGAUUAUAUGUCGUAAGAGCAAUGUGUUGUUGGCUUUUUCAGUAACAUACGGAGUAUCAGCAGCCUUAUCCUUUACCAAAGCAUGGCUUCUCAAAAUCUUUGGGUCCUGGGACUCCUUAAAGAGGAGAAUAUUUUCCAAACAUCCACCUCCAAUCCUAACACCGGGUUAGCUAAUUUGGAUUAAGCAUUAGAUGAAAAGCUGACUGACUCACGCAUGUGUUCACUAACUCAAUAGUUGGCUAGUAAAUCCAGCUUUGCAUUAGCAAGACCACUUUGACUCUUGGAGUUUCUACUGGUCCAAAAUAAAGGACAAUAAAUAGCUAAUAGCAUAAAUUUAUCUACUUAGCAAUUCCUUACUUGCUAAGAUGUUGUUACUCCGGACCUCUGAGACGUCCUCAGAUCCCACUCUGCGAUCCACGGCUGUAAAGGAGCUGGCAGCUGAUGCUGACUUUCAUCAUUUUCCCCCAAACAAACAAAAACCAUGACUGUGAAUGCAACUCCGAAAUUGCUUAAAGCACCUGUGAAUCUGCUAAUAUUAAACAAAUGAUACAUUAUCAAAAGUAUUUGCAUUAAUUUUAAAUAUAGACCAAAAAAAAUGAAUGAAAAUUGUUUUAUGUAUUUAUUUAUUUAUUGAACUGAACCAUGUUUGUUUUUCAUGCUUUGCAAAAAGGACGAAAAACCUGGUGUUAGAUUUGAUCUAACCGAUAAAGACCGACUGACAGUUUGGAAUAAAAAAAAGUAAUUAUCCUCUUUCUUUUUCAGUGAAACUAUACAUUUAUACAUAUUUCUGCAAUUUUGGACACUUUGGGUCUCUACAGAGGUUUCUGAUAGUCGAAUGUAGUUUUUUUUCUUUUACGUGAACUUUCAACGUAUGUUUGCAUCCGUUAAAUAAAAAAUUAAACGCGAGCAUCUGCAAACGGUCUUCUUCAGAUUUCUAUAUCUGACUGUGAUUCAGAUGAAGAACGUGUUUCCUGUCGACCGUUCAUUUGAGAGCCUGCUCCGAGUGGCUGUAAGCGCUCUUUUGAUUGUACAAGACGUUUGCUCGGCUGUUCUGCUUCGUGUCAGAGUGUUUCACUAAUAGUCCUGCUGUCAUGUCUAAAGUGUCGGCUAUUCUUUCUUGGGUUAUGCCAGAGGGGCUGUGAAAAUGGUACGCUAAAAAACAAAACAAAAAAACCUCAUCAUCUCCACAUUAGCUGGCCCCUCUUUUCUUGUGAGGGAGAAAUGUGAAGCUGCUUUAAAAAAAAACAAAAAAACUGGAACAUGAAAGCCUUGUGGGAUCAGAGCAUUUUUUUUGUGUGUACCUGCUGAGCUUUUAUGUGUCACAGGGAAGUAAACAUAAACUGCAUUGUUGCCCACUGUCCUCUUUGAUGUGCACAUUAUGUUUUGGGAGGGGGUUAUCUGUGAACUGAGAAGAAUGAGCGAGUUUUUUGUUUUUUUUUUGUAAUUCUGUGAAUAUUUGGAUAAUGUUGGGUGGGUGAUACAGCUCAGAAGACAAUCAGAGCUAGGGGCCCCAAAGCUUUGUAAUGAUGGUUGAUGAGCAGGAUGAAUAAAGUUUGAACGAUUUCAAUUCACCUGCGAGUGAGUGUCUUUUGACUCUGCCGCUUUUUCGGUGAGAUUUAUUCAGAUAUGCGGACACUUGAAUUAUUCUGGAUAUCACAGCAACACACACACACACUCUUCAUCAGCGGUGAAACAUAACACACGGUGACAGUCGCUCAAUUAAGAUUCAGAUACUAAACGGUUUCUAUUUCCCUGAAGACUGAAACCAGACUUUUCAGGCUGCAAUCAGUCUUUGGAAAUUACCUCCAGUUAGCACGCCCGCCUAAAUGAAUGAACAAAUUGCUUCUCAGAAGGACAAAAACAAAAUGCAGAGCGGCGUGUGUUUGAUAUGACUGCGAUUGAAGCAAUCACCAUGCUGUGUCCCACUCCGCCGGCCUGUCAUUAUGGCCUGCUGUUGCCAUGGCUUUGGCUGCUAAGAGGUGGCCCUCCGGAGUCUCGUCGCUUCUCUCGUUUUUUUCUCUAACACGGCGGCAGCCCUUCUGUUUGUUUCUCUAUCAUAACCUGCCAUAACCUGGCCUCCAACCAUGCGCAUAAUUACAGUAAUUAUGCUAACUGUAAUAAUAAAAACAUAGAAUGAAAUGACCACAGGAGAAAUAUAUUUCCUUCACCACUCCAUCUACUUUUUUCUAAAGCAAACUUAUUGUCAGAGGAUGUGCAGCGAGGGCCUAUAACAGCUGUAAACAGCUGUUUAACAAAUGCUCCGCUCUCUUUAUGUGUCAGAUGUAUUUAUGCCUGAGCAGCUGGGGUCUCUGAUGCGUGAAAUUCACUUCAGCUUAUAUAAAUGACUCUAUUAAUUGAGAAUGUACCCUAAUGUAUUUGGCGGAUUGUUUCAUUACCUCUGCCAAGGAGGUCGUGUUUUUGGUAGCAUGUCAGCCUGUAAACAUGGUAGCUCGAAACGUUUUGAAGUAAUCCUGAUAAAACUUUGUAGGGGUGUAGACUCGGGUCAGGUUAGUCAUC